GUUCUUGAAAAUAUUGUCUUCAUUGGUUAUAUUCGUACGCUGAAAAAUCAUGUCGUGGAAAUCAAGUGCAGAUGGCACAUGGCGUAAAGAGCUCGGCGGCGUUGAGAAAAUCUAUCGUUUCCAGUCCACCAUCUUUCGGGGGACCGGACGUGAACACUGGGGACUUUAUACAGUCUGUCAAGUCAAAUUAGCUGCAAUUUUGAACUCAGAUGACAUAAUUGCUGCGCUUUGUAAUGCCUGGAAAGCGUUACGAUUUGAGUUUCCUGCCCUAACUCUCAUCGUUGAUGGGUAUGAAGCCGUUUACACCGAUGUUGUGGAAGAAGACGGUAUUGGAGUCCAGAGCGCUGUUGAAGAUUGGGCCAAGAAAACGUUCCUAGUAGAGCCUCUCUUGACCAUGGAAGAGCUACUUGCCGAUUACAAGUUGCACGAUUUGCCAGAAUUGAUUUGGCUGCCUGCAACAUCACAGAUCGUCUUACGGGUUUCACAUUGGCGUGUUGACGGUAUCGGUACCUGUAUGCUACUUAACCGACUGUUUAAUUUGAUUUCUACCAAGGCUGCGGAUGUCAUCCCAGGAGACUGGAGUAUCGAAAAGGACUUAGCCAAAAUCUCCCCUAGCCUAGAGGAUGCAGCUGGCUCACCCAUGGCCAGCAAUCAAGAAAUAGAGAACACGGCAAGAGAAAUAAGUACAACGUUUCGCGAGAAGGCACUACAGUCAAUCGGCUUGCCGUAUAACGGAGACCGCACAACACCUCCUGGCCAGGCCGCAGUGCAAGCGACUACAUUCACUACCGAGACCUCAAAAGCUCUUGUUGCUGAAUGCAAAGCACGCAAAAUCAGUGUAACCGCAGCAAUCCACGCGGCUCUCGCAGCAGCUACGUUCGAGUUGACUUCUGCAAAAGGCGUUGAUGAGUACGUUACGAUUAUGGCAGUGAGCUAUCGGCCGUACCUUAAAGAACCUUACAACUCGGAAGCACAUGCAUGCCAGACAUAUGUUUCAAGUAUUGCGCCCACGGUCUCGAAGAAUGCCAGCUUCGAUCAACAAACUACCACUUUGACCGAAUUAUUUAAGAAUUGGAAUUGUGAAAAAAUGUCUCACGCAUUGCGAGAACUGUAUCACGGUGCUUCUCAGGCACUCCUUUCACCACCACCAUGUUCAGCUGGGCCUCUACCAAAUCCUCCGAGUGGUAUAACGCACAGCAAUCUGGGAGUUAUCGACAAUUUUAUCAAAUGUCGUUACUACGAUAAUAAAGAGUCCGAACUAUUGGAGAAAACUCCCAUCGUUGAGGUAAACCGUUUCCGAUUCGGCGUCAGCAUCUUGACACGACAGAUGCUGCUGUAUCCUUGGACUUUCCGCGGGCAGCUUAAUCUGUCAAUUAACUACAACGAUGCCUAUUACGAUGCCGACACACCUCAUAAGGUACUUGAUUUGGUUCAGCAGAAGUUGGAGGAAGAGCUUCACUUGAAGUUGGAAAGACUAUGUAUUUUGGAAAAAAAUAUCGAUUAUAAUACCAUAGAUACCAUUGGAAGUUGA